CGUGGCGCCGGCGGCUCGGGUUGUGCGCAGACCCAGGAGCGCUGCGAUACUGAUGGCGGAGGUGGACCUGGUCGCCGAGUUCCCACGGCCUGCGGGUGUUACGCGCUGGGCCGAGGUUAUGGCUCGCUUUGCCGCCAGACUGGGCGAGCAGGGACGGAGGGUGGUGUUGAUCACUUCAGGUGGCACCAAGGUUCCUCUGGAGGCGCGGCCCGUGCGCUUUCUGGACAACUUCAGCAGUGGGAGGCGUGGUGCAACCUCGGCGGAGGCCUUUCUGGCUGCGGGUUAUGGUGUCCUGUUCUUGUACCGUGCUCGCUCGUCCUUUCCCUAUGCCCAUCGCUUCCCACCUCAGACCUGGCUGUCUGCCCUGCGACCUUCUGGCCCAGCCCAGUCUGGCAUGCUGAGCCUAGAGGCCGAGGAGAAUGCACUCCCCGGCUUUGCUGAGGCUUUGCGGAGCUAUCAGGAGGCAGAGGCUGCCGGCACCUUCUUGUCCGUAGAGUUCACCACUUUGGCGGACUAUUUGCAUCUGCUUCAGGCUGCGGCUCAAGCACUCAACCCUCUAGGCUCUUCUGCGAUGUUUUACCUGGCUGCAGCCGUGUCAGAUUUCUAUGUUCCUGUUUCUGAAAUGCCUGAGCACAAGAUCCAGUCAUCUGGGGGCCCACUGCAGAUAACUAUGAAGAUGGUGCCGAAAAUGCUUUCUCCUUUAGUUAAAGAUUGGGCUCCCAAAGCAUUUAUAAUUUCCUUUAAGUUGGAGACUGACCCCUCCAUUGUAAUUAGUCGUGCCCGGAAUGCUUUGGAAAUUUAUCAGCAUCAAGUGGUAGUGGCUAAUAUCCUUGAGUCACUACAGUUUUUUGUAGUUAUUGUAACCAAAGACUCAGAAACCAAGCUAAUGCUAUCAGAGGAAGAAGUAGAAAAAGGCAUGGUGAUAGAAGAGAAGAUAGUAGAUAAUCUUCAGUCUCGACACACAGCUUUUAUAUGUGACAAAAACUGAACUAAAAAGAUUAAAAAUUGUUCCGUGGUCCAGGGCUUGUACAGAUGGCAAAGACUAAAAUUCUUUGCUUUCAUAAGGAACAAAGAGAAGGGUAAAUUCAGGUGCAGGCAAAUACGGGUUGGUAUUUGUUUUUUAAUAACUGAACCACCCAAUAAGAUCACCUGAAUAUUAAUCUGGAUUUGGAAAUUAAACACCAUAACUAUAUCUCAUCUUUAAAAGAAGUCUGUUGGGAAUUAUAUAUUCCACAAAACAUAACAGGGAGACUUAUUGCUGAAUAUUAGCCUACUUUAUACAAUGGAAAGGAUUAUGGAUACAUGCAUGGUCAUGUGGUCAGGCUUUGAAGGUGAAGUAUUUGGUGAGGGCCUACUAUGUUUCAGGCCCAGAGCUAAGUGAUGAGGAUUAAAAAGACGGAAUAAAUAUGAUUUGUUUGGAAAAUGGAUGUGUAAAAGUUUAAGUGUAAUAAAGUGUGCCCACAAACUGA